AUUAGAAAGUCAGAUUGCUUCUCGCAACAGAAAAGUUACAAAAACAGAAGAGGUAAAACAAAACCCUAAUCUCUCAAACUCGUAAGAUUCUCACGCCAUAUCUUCAGGAUCAGAUUGCCUUCCACGAUAAUUCGAGAAGGGAGCUUCCCGUUUUUCUUCCCCAGAUGAUAGUUAAGAGGAGUUCGGCGGCGGAUAUGGUCGCCGAAGCAGAGAUUUUGUGCCAGCAGAGCGUUUCGGUUCAGUACAUCCGCGUCUCCAAGCCCGUUGGUAAUGAAUUGGAGUUGUUCGACGUCGAGACGCCGGAUAUUUCCACGCCUCCCAUCGAGGUGGAGUCCUUGUCCAUCGAAAUCUCUCGUUCUGAGUCGGCUGUGAAGUGCUCAACUAGCAUUCAAACUGCUUUAAAGCACGCAUCGAGAAAGGCCAAUUAUCUUCCAUGCAUUCGUUCUGGUAGCCACACUGACAUUGGAGCACGAAGAUCAAAUGAGGACGAACAUGUCAGGAUUGAUGAUCUAUCUGCCCACUUGGGUCCUUUAUAUAGAUGGCCACUACCAAGUUC